AUGGACGUGGACAUGGACGUGGACGUGGACAUGGACGUGGACGUGGACGUCGACGUGGACGUGGACGUGGACGUGGAGGUGGACGUGGACGUGGAGGUGGACGUGGACGUGGAGGUGGACGUGGAUGGACGUGGACGUGGACGUGGAGUGGACGUGGACGUGGACGUGGACGUUGACGUGGACGUGGACGUGGACAUGGACGUGGACGUGACGUGGACGUGGACGUGGACAUGGAGGUGGACGUGGACGUGGACAUGGAGGUGGACGUGGACGUGGACGUGGACAUGGACGUGGACAUGGACGUGGACGUGGACGUGGACAUGGACGUGGACAUGGACGUGGACGUGGACGUGGACGUGGACGUGGACGUGGAGUGGACGUGGAGUGGACGUGGACGUGGAUGUGGACGUGGACGUGGACGUGGACGUGGACGUGGACGUGGACGUGGACGUGGAGGACGUGGACGUGGACGUGGACGUGGACGUGGACGUGGACGUGGAGAACUUGGACGUGGACAUGGACGUGAACGUGGACGUGGACGUGGACGUGGAGGACUUGGACGUGGACAUGGACGUGGACGUGGACGUGGACAUGGACGUGGACGUGGACGUGGAUGUGGACGUGGACGUGGACAUGGACGUGGACGUGAACAAGACGUGGACGUGGACAUGGAGUGGACGUCGACGUCGACGUGGACGUGGACGUGGACGUGGACGUGGACGUGGACGUGGACGUGGACAUGGACGUGGACAUGGACGUGGACGUGGACGUGGACGUGGACAUGGACGUGGACGUAGACGUAGACGUGGACGUGGACGUGGACGUGGACGUGGACGUGGACGUGGACGUGGACGUGGAGGACGUGGACGUGGACGUGGACGUGGACGUGGAGGACUUGGACGUGGACAUGGACGUGGACGUGGAGUGGACGUGGACGUGGACGUGGACGUUGACGUGGACGUGGACGUGGACAUGGACGUUGACGUGGACGUGACGUGGACGUGGACGUGGACGUGGACGUGGACGUGGACGUGGACGUGGACGUGGACGUGGACGUGGACGUGGACAUGGACGUGGACAUGGACGUGGACGUGGACAUGGACGUGGACAUGGACGUGGACGUGGACGUGGACAUGGACGUGGACGUGGACGUGGACGUGGACGUGGACAUGGACGUGGACGUGGAGUGGACGUGGAGUGGACGUGGACGUGGACAUGGACGUGGACGUGGACGUGGACGUGGACGUGGAGGACGUGGACGUGGACGUGGACGUGGACGUGGACGUGGACAUGGACGUGAACGUGGACGUGGACGUGGACGUGGAGGACUUGGACGUGGACAUGGACGUGGACGUGGACGUGGACAUGGACGUGGACAUGGACGUGGACGUGGACGUGGACGUGGACGUGGACAUGGACGUGGACGUGGACGUGGACGUGGACGUGGACAUGGACUUGGACAUGGACGUGGACGUGGACGUGGACGUGGACAUGGACGUGGACGUGGACAUGGUCGUGGACGUGGACGUGGACGUGGACGUGGACAUGGACGUGGACGUGAACAAGACGUGGACGUGA